AUAUACUAAUGCAUUUGCAAUUGUUGGCCAGCGCCUUCUGUGGGUUCUUUCUAGAACUUAUCUUUAUUGGUUAGAAAUCAUGGCACUGGUUUCUGCUAGAGCUAUUUUCAGUCCCGUAAUUCGGCAGACUGUUAAACAAAUUGUUUUCACCCGGCAUCUUGCUAAAUAUCAAUGUCGAAAUCAUUUGACUAGUCGAUUGUUAUUACCAACCGUCACUGCACAGAGAUUGUAUUCGGAAAAGAAAGUUUUCCAACGAGAUAAGCCUCACUGUAAUGUGGGAACCAUUGGCCAUGUUGAUCAUGGAAAAACAACUCUUACAGCAGCCAUCACAAAAGUAUUAUCGGAGAAGGCUUUAGCAAAAGCAAAGGGUUAUGCUGAAAUUGACAAUGCGCCAGAAGAAAAAGCUCGAGGAAUUACUAUCAAUGUAGCCCAUGUUGAAUAUCAAACUGAUACACGUCACUAUGGUCAUACGGAUUGUCCUGGUCAUGCCGAUUACAUUAAAAACAUGAUCACUGGUGCAGCACAAAUGGAUGGUGCUAUACUUGUAGUCGCUGCCACAGAUGGUGCUAUGCCACAGACGAGAGAGCAUUUACUUCUUGCAAAACAAAUUGGCAUUGAACAUAUUGUUGUUUACAUCAAUAAGGUCGAUGCUGCGGAUGCUGAAAUGGUUGAACUAGUAGAGAUGGAAAUUCGUGAACUAAUGACAGAGAUGGGUUAUGAUGGGGAUAAUAUUAAAAUUGUCAAAGGCAGCGCCUUGUGCGCCCUGGAAGGCAAAAAUCCAGAAAUUGGAAGCAAUUCCAUCCUCGAGUUGUUGGAUGCUGUAGACACAGCUGUUCCGAAUCCCGUUCGCGAGUUGGACAAACCUUUCCUGCUUCCAGUAGAGAAUGUAUACUCCAUUCCUGGAAGAGGGACUGUAGUAACUGGAAGACUUGAAAGAGGGACCAUAAAGAAGGGGAUGGAAUGCGAAUUCCUAGGUUACAACAAAACAUUGAAGAGUACUGUAACUGGCAUUGAGAUGUUCCAUCAGAUUCUAGAAGAGGCCCAUGCUGGUGACCAACUUGGCGCACUCAUUAGGAGUUUAAAACGAGACGAUAUUAAGCGUGGAAUGAUAAUGUGUAAACCAGGAAGCAUGAAAGCCAAUGACAAUAUCGAGUCGCAGGCAUACAUCCUAAGCCAUGCAGAAGGUGGCAGGAAAAAGCCUUUAUCAAACUACAUGCAGCUUCAGAUGUUCAGUAAAACUUGGGACUGCGCAACACAGGUUAUCAUCCCUGGAAAGGACUUGGCUAUGCCAGGAGAAGAUGCCACAUUACAGCUUAAACUCUUCCGACCUAUGGUGUGCGAGAAAGGUCAACGAUUCACUCUACGUGAUGGAAACAUUACCUUGGGCACUGGUGUCAUCACCAAUAUCCUUAAGCCUCUUACUGAAAAAGAAAAGAUAGAAAUUCUCGAAGGUAAGAAGGCCUUAGAAAAGGCAAAGAAGGCUCAGAAAUAAGUGUGUGGCGAACGCUAAGGACUACACCACGGUAUUAGUUAUCUAGUGAUAAUUCGUUGAAGAUUUAAACCAGAUGAUGCUUGUGCUACGCGAAAUAAAACAAAUAAAUUGAAUAUAGUUGACGCGUGGGGAUUGUGGAAUUUUUUAUGUGCAACAUUCAUGUACAUAUAUGUAUGGAAUUUUCACUUCGAAUCAUAAUAUCAGUGCCGUACCAUAUGCAAUUUACGUGUAGCAUAAAGCUGUGUUUGGAUUAAAUAACAAACUUUUCGCCAAUUGAUGCAUUUCCCUUCAGUUACAAGAUCUCGUAUUAGAAUUCGAUCAAAGGAAGGAACAGUUUCCAGUAAAAAACGUAACGAAAUAGAAUUAAUACUGUAAUGCGUUAAUUUUUUCGUUCAAAACAUAAAGGUGUAAAAGAUGGCAAUUGUAUCUUUAUAAAAAUCUAAAUAAUCAUGAAUAAACAUUCUUCAUCUAAA